AUGGCUCGCACAAAACAAACCGCCCGCAAAUCUACUGGUGGAAAGGCGCCGCGUAAGCAACUGGCGAUCAAAGCCGCUAGAAAAUCAGCUCCGGCCACCGGCGGAGUGAAGAAGCCCCACUGCUUCCGCCCUGGCACAGUCGCUCUACGUGAGAUCCGCAAGUAUCAGAAAUCUACCGAGCUGUUGAUCCGCAAACUUCCGUUCCAGAGACUUGUUCGCGAGAUAGCGCAGGAUUUCAAAACUGAUCUGAGGUUCCAGAGCUCUGCCGUUAAGGCGCUUCAGGAAGCAGCCGAGGCUUACCUCGUCGGAUUGUUUGAGGAUACUGUAGGAAAAAAACAUACAAAUCUAUGCGCCAUCCAUGGAAAGAGAGUGACUAUUAUGCCUAAAGAUAUCCAGCUGGCCAGGAGAAUUAGGGGUGAGAGGGCGUAGUUCUGAGUUUGACGUUGGGCUGGGAAAUAGCGGUAAGUAUUAGGUGAUCCUUAUCGGGGAAAUAGGUG